AUGGGGACACAGAAGGUCACCCCUGCUCUGAUCUUCGCCAUCACAGUUGCUAUAAUCGGCUCUUUCCAAUUUGGCAAUGCUCCUGAGAUGAUCAUAAAGGAAUUUAUCAAUAACACUUUGAGGGACCAGGCAAAUACCCCUCCCUCUAAGACGCUGCUCAUGUCCCUCUGGUCUUUGUCUGUGGCCAUAUUCUCCGUUGUUGGUAUGACUGGCUCCUUUUCCAUUUGACUCUUUGUCAACCACUUUCACAGGUGCAAUUCAAUGCUUAUCGUCCACCUGUUGACUGUCUCUGGUGGCUGCCUUACGGGAUUGUGUAAAGUAGCUGAGUUGGUUGAAAUGCUGAUCCUGGGCUGCUUGGUUAUUGGCCUCUUCUGCGGACUGUGCACAGGUUUUGUACCCAUGUACAUUGGAGAGAUCUCACCUAUUGCCCUGCAGGGUACCUUUGGCACUCUCAACCAGCUGGGCAUCAUUGUCGGAAUUCUGGUGGCCCAAAUCUUUGGUCUGGAAUUCAUCCUUGGGUCUGAAGAGCUAUGGCUGGUGCUAUUGGGCUUUCCCAUCCUUCCUGCUAUCCUACAAAGUACAGCCCUUCCAUUUUGCCCUGAAAGUCCCAGGUUUUUGCUCAUUAACAGAAAAGAAGAGGAGAAUGCUAAGCAGAUCCUCCAGCGAUUGUGGAGCAUCCAGGAUGUAUCCCAAGACAUCCAGGAGACGCAAGAUGAGAGUGCAAGGAUGUCACAAGAAAAGCAAGUAACCGUGCUGGAGCUCUUUAGAGUAUCCAGCUACCGAGACCCAAUCAUCAUUUCAAUUGUGCUCCAGCUCUCUCGGCAGCUCUCUGGAAUCAAUGCUGUGUUCUAUUACUCAACAAGAAUCUUCAAGGAUGCGGGUGUUCAAGAGCCCAUAGGUGUGUUUUAUACUACCUUCACUGUAGUUUCCCUAUUUCUGCUGGAAAGGGCAGGAAGAAGGACUCUGCAUAUGAUAGGUCUUGGAGGGAUAGCUUUUUGUUCCAUGCUCAUGACGUUAUUAAAGGAUGAGUAUAAUGGGAUGAGCUUUGUCUUUAUCAGGGCUAUCUUGGUCUUUGUGACCUUUGAAAUUGGACCAGGUCCCAUUCCCUGGUUUAUUGUGGCCAAACUCUUCAGCCAGGGCCCCCGCCCAGCUGCGAUGGCAAUGGUCAGCUGCUCCAACUGUACCUCCAACUUCCUAGUGGGACUGCUCUUCCCCUCUGCUGCUUACUGUUUAGGAGCCUAUGAUUUUUUUAUCAUCUUCAUCGGCUUCCUCAUCACCUUCUUGACCUUUACCUUCUUCAAAGUCCCUGAGACCCGUGGCAGGACUUUUGAGGAUAUCACAUGGGCCUUUCAAGGGCAGGCACAUGGUGCAAAUAGAUCUGGGAAGGACGGCAUCAUGGAGAUGAACAGCACCCAGGCUGCUAAGGAGACCACCACCAAUGUCUAAGUCAUGCCUC